AAGGCACACAGGGGAAGAAUGACGCCUUCCAGCAUCAUGUUCGUGGACCAGAACAGGCUGCUCACCCCUAAGGAGAAAAAUAAGCUGAGAAAGCCGAUGAUAGAGAAGAUGCGCCGGGACCGGAUGAACAGCAGCAUCGAGCAGCUGAAACAGCUGCUGGAGAAGGAACUCCGUGGGUACCAGGCCAGCUCCAAGCUGGAGAAAGCCGACGUCCUCGAGAUGGCUGUCAGCUACCUGAAGCAUCACAACCGGCUGCAGGUGACAGGAUCCGCUCCCAAGGAAAGGGAGGUGGAGGUGGAUUUCCAGGAAGGAUACGCCAGAUGCCUUCAAGAAGUGUGCCAGUUCCUGAUUCUUUACAAAGUCAACCCCCAGACACAGAAGAAGCUGAUGUGCCAUUUUCAACGCACCACCUUGCCCGCCUCGGACAGUUUCGGCUCACCGGCUCACCGGAAGCAAUCCGCGCCCAAGAGCAUCCGUUCUCUUUGGCGGCCAUGGAUGGAAUCAACCAGAUGAUGAAGGACUGAUGAAGGACUUAUUGGCCUGCCUCUGUUUUCUUCCUUUUGGGGGGGCGGCGGUUUUGAAAGGGAAUUAUCUUUCCCCCUUGAAAAGAAUUGUUAUUAUUUUCCAAUAGGGCAGCCCCCUAGACAGCUUUGAAAAGGUUAAUCAGGGCAGUCAGGGCUGGGAAGGGAGACCACAAGGAAACCCCAUGGUGGAAGAAGGAGGGGAAUCCAAGA